AUGGGGUUCAUAACAGUUGUGUUUCAUCUUCUGCUUCACACUGUUGGGUUGUGCAGUGGAGGUUCCACAAGUCAAUAUGUGAGGAAAGCUGAACCCGCCAUUGACAUCCCACUUGAGCUCUUCCCUCAACCUUCUGGCUAUAAUGCCCCCGAGCAGGUUCACAUAACGCAAGGAGAUCUUGUAGGUCGGGGUGUGAUCAUAUCAUGGGUGACGCCAGUAGAGAGACACCCCAAUGUAGUGACCUAUUGGGAAGAUGGCAAACAAGAUGAAAAGCACAAGACUCAUUCUAUAACCACUUCUUACAGAUACUACAAUUAUUCCUCUGGCUAUAUUCACCAUGCCACCAUAAAAAAAUUAAAUUACGACACAUUGUACUUUUAUGAACUUGGAAAACAGAACGUAACCCGUCGAUUCUCCUUCACAACUCCUCCCAAAGUAGGACCUGACGUUCCCUAUACAUUUGGCAUUAUGGGUGACUUGGGGCAAACAUAUGCCUCAAAACAGACUCUGGACCAUUAUGUAUCAAACCCAAAGGGUCAAGCUGUGUUGAUGGUUGGUGAUCUUUCAUAUGCAGAUCAUUACCCUUUUCAUGAUAACAGGAGGUGGGAUUCAUGGGGCCGAUUUAUCGAGAAGAGUGCUGCAUAUCAGCCAUGGAUCUGGACUGCUGGCAACCAUGAGCUUGACUUUGCCCCUGAGAUUGAAGAAUAUACUCCUUUCAAGCCAUAUAUGCAUAGGUACCAUGUACCCUACAGGGCAUCCCAGAGUACAUCCCCUCUUUGGUAUUCUAUUAAGCGUGCAUCGGCAUAUAUCAUUGUGUUAUCUUCUUACUCUGCCUAUGGUAAAUAUACUCCACAAUACAAAUGGCUUAAGCAAGAGCUCCCCAGGUUAACAGGGCCGAGACACCAUGGCUAA